UCACAUAGCUUCUUCACCUCAAUGGAGGAGCAAACUGUAGUCCUCAUCGUGGGCGCAGGCCCAGCUGGCCUUGCAACAGCAGCAUGCCUUACCAAGUUCUCUAUCCCUUAUGUCAUCGUUGAGCGUGAGGAUUGCAGUGCCUCAUUGUGGAGAAACCGCGCCUACGACCGCCUCAAGCUACACCUUGCAAAGGAGUUUUGCGAGCUACCCCACAUGUCGUACCCAGCAAAUGCCCCGACCUACAUCCCAAAGGAUCAGUUCGUGAAGUACCUGGAUAAUUACAUUGAGCAUUUUGAUAUCCAACCAAAGUAUCAUACUGCCGUUGAGUCAUGCACAUAUGACGAAGGUAGAAAGCGCUGGUUCAGCGUGGCACGUGAUGUGGCAACAUCCAUGGUUGUUAGGUACACAACUAGGUUCCUUAUUGUUGCAAGUGGUGAAAAUAGUGCAGCAAAUAUUCCGGUGAUCCCUGGGCUACGUGACUUUGUUGGAGAGUCUAUCCACUCAUCCAGGUUCAAAUCUGGUGCCACCUACUCAGGGAAGAAUGUGCUCGUGGUUGGAUGUGGCAACUCUGGAAUGGAGAUCGCCUACGACCUUGCAUCCCAUGGUGCCAAUACAUCCAUUGUUGUUCGUAGCCCGGUACAUGUAAUGACAAAAGAAAUAAUACGGUUGGGCAUGACAUUGGUCCAGCAUGUCCCAGUGAAUGUUGUGGAUGACCUUCUUGUGAGGUUGGCAAAGUUUGUUUUUGGUGACCUACCAAGGCAUGGAAUUGUGAUACCAAAAGCAGGUCCUCUCCAACUCAAGGCAAAAACUGGUCGAUCUGCAGUGAUUGAUGUUGGGACCGUGGGUUUAAUUAAGAAAGGGGUUAUCAAAGUGCUUGGAAAUAUUUCCAAAAUCAAGGGAAACAUAGUUGAAUUUGAAAGUGGGAAAGAAAGUGUUUUUGAUGUCAUUGUGUUUGCUACUGGAUAUAAAAGCACGGCAAAUACGUGGCUCAAGAAUGGUGAAAGCAUGUUGAACAAUGCUGGAUUGCCAAAGAAAGAAUUUCCAAAUCAUUGGAAGGGUGCCAAUGGGCUCUAUUGUGCUGGUUUGGCAAGGAGAGGCCUGGCUGGUAUUGCCAUGGAUGCCAAGAAUAUUGCCAAUGACAUUUUGUCUAGCUACCAUGCAUAA